UGAAGUACACAUAUUUUUAGCUCUUAAUUUUUAAUAACUUGCAAACAAUUAAAUAAAGUAUAAUUUGUACAUAAUUAAUGAAGCAAAUCAACAAGUAAAGCACUGUACCUGCCGGUGAGCGUUUUCCUUAAUUUUUCUCCAGUAUUUUACAUAUUUCACUAUAAACUACAUUCUUAACUAGUGACAAGCACUUAUUCAAAAUGGACGCCAUUCAAGAAUCACUAACCAAUCUCCAACAAAUGUUUACUCAGCGCAUGGAUAUUUAUCAAGGUGAGCUGGCAGCUGCAAGUGCUGUGCCUGCAGCUACCAUCACAAGUCUGUCAGCAGAGUUCACAACUUUCCGCACUUUCAUUAUGUCCGCACUGAAGUCACUUCAAGAACAAGUGGCACUCCUCUCCUCUCAAGCAGAUAAUCUGGAGUCACAGAGUCGACGCAAAAUCUUGUUACUCCAUGGGGUGCCCGAGACCACAUCGGAAGAUACUGUCUCAGUAGUGGUUCAUACUAUUGCGACUAAAAUGAAGCUGGAGAAUUUUUCUGCUGCUGACAUUAAGCAAUGCCACAGAAUGGGCCAGUUAACUUCGGACCGGCCUCGCACAAUAUUGUUCAAGAUAGCUAACCAUGAGCGCAGAACGUCCAUAUGGAAGAUGAAAUCUGCGCUCAAGGGCACGGGUAUAACCCUGUCGGAGUUUCUGACCAAACACCGACAUGACACCUUCAUGGCAGCUAGACAGAAGUUUGGCAUUUCCAAGUGUUCGACGAACAAUGGAUCAGUGUUCGUAAUCAUUGAUGGCAUGCGUCACCGCAUCAACACCAUGAGUGAAUACUCUAUACAAUGA